AACUUAAAAUACUUUAAAACUUAUUAAGUUUUCAAGCCGAAUUUAAAUAACUUGACUCAUUUAUCCUUUGCCAGUAUACUAAUAAUUAACAACAACACCUCUGAGUCACAGACACAGAAGAGGCUCCUUUCCAGUCACAGGAUCACUGUGAUGGUUAAGAGCUUUGAUGUCAGUUUUUGUUUCAAACUGCACCAGUAAGAGAUGCACAUGUUUGUUGUUUGUUUCCUUACAUAAGUAAAAAUCAUCACACACCAUCAAGUUGACUUGUCUGAAAUGUGGUGAUCGUUAAUUCAUUCACAUUGACAUCAAAACAAGAGACACUCACGAGUCAAUUAAAAAUAAAUGUCUUCUCAUUGAGUUUGGUAGUAGUACAGUACAGCCUGGGAAUUUAAUUAUGCCUCAAGUUUCUUUCCCAGUUCAUUUAUAUAAUAGAUUGAAUGAGUUUAGUUUUCUUGGAGAACAGAAAACUAAACUCAAUCAUUCACACUCUCUCUCUAUAUAUAUAUAAAUGUGUUUAUUAUUCAGUUGUGUGUCUCUGAAAGAAACUCAUGUGUUCUAAGCAGAAGAGUGUGCAAGGCUUUUGCCUCUGGCUUCUCCUCCUUUUCUAUUGCUCUUGCUUGGCCUCCCCUUAUGAUGGGCCUCUAUACGAUUCUUCUGCUUACACAAAGUGUAAACAGCAACCGGAGGAGCCGCUUUACGAUGGAGGGGUCCUAAAAGAUCGUGCUCCCGAUGUCCAACCGAUUUUCCAUGGCGACAGUGGAAGCACAGUUCAUUAUUGGCCUGGUUUCGUGUUGCAAAAUCUCACCCAAUCCACCAUUUACUGUUUCUCUAGUUGGGUGAAGAUAGAUGGUGCAGAGUCAGCUCUUGUGAGGGCAAGUCUGAUGGCUGACCAUAUUACAACCUACAAAUGCAUAGGGACCGUUGUAGCCAAGCGUGGAUGCUGGUCUUUUCUCAAGGGCGGCUUCGAAUUAACUUCAUCCUCAAAUUUCUAUAUACUAUACUUUCAGAGUUCAGACGAUAGAGAUAUCAACAUAACAGUUACAAGCACUUCUUUGCAGCCAUUCACCAAGGAGCAAUGGAGAAUGAACCAACAGUACAAAAUUAACACAGAACGAAAGCGUGCUGCAACAAUUCAUGUGUCAGAUGGACAUGGAGACAGGUUGCAAGGAGCAAAGAUUAUGGUAGAGCAGGUCUCAAAAGAUUUUCCAUUUGGAUCUGCUAUAGCAAAGACCAUUCUUGGAAAUGUUCCCUUCCAGAACUGGUUCGUUGAGCGAUUCAAUGCAGCAGUUUUUGAAAACGAACUCAAGUGGUAUGCAACAGAGCCAAAACCGGGGCAUAUUGACUACACCUUACCAGACCAAAUGUUAGAAUUCGUUCGCGCAAACCAAAUAAUUGCCAGAGGGCACAACAUCUUCUGGGAAAAUCCCAAAUAUACCCCCGAAUGGGUUCUUAAUCUCACAGGUCCCGAGCUGCAAUCUGCUGUCAGCUCACGCAUACAAAGCCUGAUGAGCAAAUACAAAGAGGAAUUCAUUCAUUGGGAUAUUAGCAACGAAAUGCUUCAUUAUAAUUUCUACGAGCAAAGGCUUGGGCCUAAUGCCACAUUACAUUUUUUUGAGAUGGCACAUGAAUCGGACCCAUUGGCAACACUGUUUAUGAAUGAAUUUAAUGUGGUGGAGACUUGCGAGGAUGGUAGUUCCACUGUGGAUGAUUAUAUUUCGAGGUUGAGAGAACUCAAGCAAGGUGGUGUGUCAAUGGAUGGGAUUGGAUUGGAGGCUCAUUUUACAGUGCCAAAUCUUGCUCUGAUGAGAGCUGUUCUUGACAAGUUGGCUACAUUGGAACUUCCUAUUUGGCUUACUGAGGUUGAUAUUAGCAGCACAAUUGAUAAGGAAACACAGGGUGUUUAUCUAGAACAAGUAUUGAGAGAAGGCUUUUCACAUCCUUCUGUAAAUGGGAUUAUGCUAUGGACUGCUCUCCACCCAAAUGGGUAUUGUUACCAAAUGUGUCUUACUGAUAACGACUUUCAUAACCUUCCAGCUGGCAAUGUUGUUGACAAGCUCUUGAAAGAAUGGCGAACUGGGUUUGAACAUGAAGAGGAUGGUCAGAUUCAGACAGAUGUGUAUGGUUCAUAUAGCUUCUAUGGUUUUUUAGGUGAAUAUCAAAUAACUGUUUCAUAUGGGAAUAGAACUGCCAAGUCAACUUUCUCACUCAGUCGAGGUGAUGAGACUCUGCAUUUUAACAUUCAAGUUUAAUUCAUGUAAUUGUUAGUGGCCAAAAAUCAACAUCCUAUGUUUUGGAUGAUUGUGAUCUCAUGGUGAGAUUGUAAGGUUAACUUGACAAUGACAAUUGAUCGGAAUACCCGUAAGGGUGUUUAUCACGCAA